AAAGACGUGGAUCAACAAGUUGCCUUCAGUGCGUAAUUUCUUUUCGAGCUGUAAUCUGCGACGCACGUGAUCGACAAAUCACUUCGGCGGUGAAUAUUUCUCAUUUGUCGAGAGAAAUAAGCCCCGGAUCGGCGCUGGAGACACAUCUUUUCCGAUUACGGCGGGAAUCAUGAGCCGACCGGCUCCACGCCUCGCUGCGCGUCCAGAUGCUCGGCUGGCCACCACAUGGUAACUUUGCGCACAGUGCACGCUGCAAAAGGGCACAUAUACAGAAGGGAUCUGAAUGAAUGGGACUGAGAUUUACUCGCAUUUGUUCUCUUCUCGCCCCCCUCAGACUGUUGUUUGCGUUUUAUAUCCGGCCGGUUGAAGGCGUCUCACCUUAUCAACAGAUAUCGAUUUCAGCGGUGGAUAGAUUAAACACUCAACAGCAAAUGUCGAGGAAACGGAAAAGUCCGGAUGUCCAGCGGUUUGAGGACUCUCCGCCUGCAGGAAGCAGCGACCAAGACUUGACAGAUGAGAAAGUGAAGGCCUACCUCUCGCUGCACCCGCAGAUGCUGGAUGACUUUGUGUUGGAGAGUGUGAGCACAGAGACGUUGGACAGAUGGCUGAAGAGGAAGACCAGCAGCAGGCCUGCAGAUGACACAUCAGCUAAGGAAGUCAGCAGGCAGUACCAGGACACAAAUAUGCAGGGUGUGGUGUAUGAACUCAACAGCUACAUGGAGCAGCGCCUGGACACUGGAGGAGACAACAAACUUCUGCUCUAUGAGUUGUGCAAGAUCAUCAAAACAGCAACAAAAGCUGAUGGAUUUGCACUUUACUUCUUGGGAGAAUGCAACAAUAGUUUAUGUUUAUUCACUCCAACGGGGGCCAAGGAUGGCCCUCCAAGCCUCAUUCCUUCUGGCCCCAUCACAUUUGGGACAACCAUUGCCGCUCAUGUUGCCAAGACUCGCAAAACACUGCUUGUAGAGGACAUCAUGGGGGACGAGCGAUUCCCCGACGGCACAGGGCAGGACUCAGGGAUCCACGUUCACUCUGUCCUGUGCCUCCCCAUCCUCACUGCCAUCGGGGACCUCAUCGCCAUCCUGGAGCUGCAUCGGCACUGGGGCAAGGAGCCCUUCAACCUCAGCCACCAGGAGGUUGCAACAGCUAAUUUAGCCUGGGCAUCAGUUGCCAUUCAUCAAGUACAGGUGUGCAGAGGCCUCGCCAAACAGACUGAGCUCAAUGACUUCCUACUAGAUGUGUCCAGAACAUACUUUGAUAACAUUGUGGCAAUAGAUUCUCUACUUGAACAUAUUAUGAUAUAUGCAAAAAACCUGGUGAAUGCAGACAGGUGUGCACUCUUCCAGGUAGAUCACAACAACAAAGAACUGUACUCUGACCUGUUUGACAUCGGAGAAGAGAAAGAAGGCAAACCUGUCUUUAGGAAAACCAAAGAAAUUAGGUUUUCUAUAGACAAGGGAAUAGCUGGCCAAGUGGCUCGGACAGGGGAAGUCUUAAAUAUCCCAGAUGCCUAUGCAGACCCACGGUUCAACCGAGAGGUGGACCUCAAAACUGGCUACACCACGCGGAACAUCCUGUGCAUGCCCAUCGUGAGCAGGGGGACCGUAAUAGGUGUGGUGCAGAUGGUGAACAAGCUAAGCGGAAGUGCCUUCACUAAAACAGAUGAGAACAACUUUAAGAUGUUUGCUGUCUUUUGUGCUCUGGCCUUACACUGUGCAAAUAUGUAUCACAGGAUCCGACACUCUGAAUGCAUAUACAGAGUGACCAUGGAAAAACUGUCUUAUCACAGCAUCUGCACAUCUGAAGAAUGGAAGACCCUCUCCCAGCUCAACCUCCCUGCGAUCAUCUAUAAAGAGAUUGAGAUGUUCCACUUUGACAUCAAUUCCUUUGAAGAGAUAUGGCCUGCUGUCUUUAUCUACAUGGUUCACAGCUCCUGUGGAAAAAACUGCUUCGAGCUGGAGAAACUGUGUCGGUUCACCAUGUCCGUACGGAAGAACUACCGCCGUGUGCCGUACCACAACUGGAAGCACGCGGUGACGGUGGCGCACUGCAUGUACGUCAUCCUGCAGAAAACCUCCGGGAUCUUCACAGAAGAAGAGAAGAAGGGUUUGUUGAUAGCCUGUUUGUGCCACGAUCUGGAUCACCGGGGUUAUAGCAAUGCCUACCUGCAGAAGUUUGACCAUCCGCUGGCUGCUCUGUACUCCACCUCUACCAUGGAGCAGCACCAUUUCUCUCAAACCGUCUCCAUCCUGCAGCUGGAAGGGCACAAUAUUUUCUCCAACCUGAAUUCCAGCCAGUACGAGCAGAUGCUGGAGAUCAUCCGAAAGGCCAUCAUUGCCACGGACCUCGCCUUGUACUUCAACAACCACCAGCAGCUCACGGAGCUGCUGGCCUCGGGGGCCCUGGACCUGAACAACCAUUCGCACAGGGACCGUGUGAUUGGUCUGAUGAUGACAGCAUGUGACCUGUGUUCUGUUACCAAGCAGUGGCACAUCACACGACUCACGGCCAACGACAUCUAUGCCGAGUUCUGGGCUGAGGGAGAUGAGAUGAAGAAGAUUGGGAUGCAGCCGAUCGCCAUGAUGGACAGAGACAAGAAGCAUGAAAUUCCCCAGGGGCAGGUUGGAUUUUACAACGCUGUAGCAGUUCCAUGUUACACGACACUAGCAGAGCUUUUUCCUCCAUCGAACCCUCUUUUAAAAGCCUGCAAGGACAACCUGAGCCAGUGGGAGAAGAUCGUGCGAGGAGAGAUGGAGGACAACGUGCCCAGCCAGCCUCGGGAUUCAGGCCCGGUCAAAGUGGACAACUGACAACCAAAGGAAUCGCUGGCCCACCAAAGGAAUACACCCGGAAUCCUGCCACGGUCCUGGAACGCCAGAGAGGG